AUGCGUCUUUCUAAUACAGCUAAUUUUAAAUCUUCCGGAGUUUCGAAUUGUAAAAAUUUCAAUUCGAAAAAUUGCUCAAAAUAUGCCUUAAGGGAUGUUGAAAGAAAAAAUGAAAAGAAAAGUUCCUUAUGUACCUUCCGUUCCAAGAACCUUAUAUUAGUUAUUGGAAUAAUAUAUGUAGCUAUAUUGAAUGUUUACUUAUGUGGAAACAAAUACCAACAAGCUGUAGAUAACAGUGCUAGAGAAAGCAGAGUUUUAGCUGCAUGUGCUCAUGCUAAAACCAAGAACCAAAAGACUUCAUUAAGAAAUACUAACCAAGCAAGCACAACUAGUGCCGAUCCAGAAGGACAAGUAUUAAAAGCAUAUGCUGCUGAUCCAGAAUAUGUUAAAAACUUACAAUUCUAUGCUCAAUUAUUAAGUAACACCGAUCCAAAUGAUGAAGUUGAAGGUAGUGUUGAUCCAGAAGCACAAGUAUUAAAAGCAUAUGCUGCUGAUCCAGAAUAUGUUAAAAACUUACAAUUCUAUGCUCAAUUAUUAAGUAACACCGAUCCAAAUGAUGACGUUGAAGGUAGCGUUGAUCCAGAAGGACAAGUAUUAAAAGCUUAUGCAGCUGAUCCCCAAUAUCGUAAACACUUACGAUUCUUUUAUAACGUAUUAACUCACAACCCUGAAAAUAAUGCACACGGUAACGCUGAUCCAGAAGCACAAUUAUUAAAAGCAUAUGCUGCUGAUCCAGAAUAUCGUAAACACUUAAGUUGGCUUCAUCAUGUAUUAAGUAACACUGACCCAAAUGAUGAAGUUGAAGGUAGUGUUGAUCCAGAAGGACAAAUAUUAAAAGCUUAUGCUGCUGAUCCCCAAUAUCGUAAAAACUUAAGAUUCUUUUAUAAUGUAUUAACUCACAACCCUGAAAAUAAUGCACACGGUAACGCUGAUCCAGAAGCACAAUUAUUAAAAGCAUAUGCUGCUGAUCCAGAAUAUCGUAAACACUUACAAUUCUAUCACCACGUAUUAUCUCACAACGAAUAA